UUAGCGGCGGGAUCACAGCUUUUCUCACUGGGUUUGUGUCUCCUACACACACAGAAACACAGACACACACACAUGCAGCACAUGUGCAGCCACCAGCCUUCCUCUUCACGCAGAGACUACAGUGGACUGAGCCUAUCAGCAGCAGGCGACAGGGGACAUCUCCAUCUGGACUGUUAACUGCUGAUGCCGGGCGCCACCACACGACACCCCAACCCCGACGUCUGGCCCCGGUGAUGUCCAGCAUCUUUUGGGGGGGAUUGGACUACAGCGCAGCACAGUUUUGUUUGUUUGCUGAAGAGUGUUCGACCAGUUCAUGCGGAGGCAGUGAGCGGUUGUUUGGAGAAGGGUUGAGUAACGAAAACCAGGAGGGAAGAGAAAGCAACAGAGAAAAAAGGAGAGAGAGAGGGAGGGAUGAGAUGUCCAAUGCUUGCCGGGAUAAAGACCUUGGGACCGAGAUGAGAGCGAGAUGAAGGGAUUUGUUUGGCACUAGAGAGAGAGAGAGAGAGAGGGGGAGAGAGAGGGGGAGAGGGAGAGAGAGAGAGAGAGAGAGAGGGAGGGAGGGAGGAGAGUCAGAGGAUCCAGCCCUCUGGGACAGUUUUGGGGGUGGACAGAUUGGCUUUGUAUGCAGAACAUCACCGGACACCGACGGGAGGCACGCUGUCAGUUGUUCUCUGUGUGUGUCUGUAGUGAAACCAGACCUACCUCUGAUCCCAGCGCCACACACGCUCCUCCAUCUGCUGCCCAGGACCCUGCCUUCUGCUUCCGCCGGACUGAACCCCCUCGGAGAGCGAGUGUGUGUUCAGGGUCCGACUCCCGGAGGUCAGGAGUGACAGGCUGUGAUAUGGAACUUGUGGGAUUAAACUUUCCGGUAACGGCGAUGGCCUGGAGCCAUGAGAUGGAAUGCACAGACGCUUGAGUCAAUGACCGGAGGAUCCCAGAGGAAGCUGCACUAGAACCAGUAACCCACCUCCCCCGUUUGGCUUGAUUGUACCUUCAAUAUUUCAGCGUCUGAGACCGGGUGUGGUUACCUGAGUGUGUGUGUGUGAGCAGCUCAUGUGGACAGAGAGGCAUGCAGAUCUGAGCAAACCCUGCGCCCCGAUGCCCGCUGCUAUGCUCCCUUGCCCUGCACCGGUCGGGUCUGACUGGAGCUUCCAGAACCCGGUGGGUGUGGAUUGCAGCUCCCCCGAACCUCGCUGCAUCUGGCUGGCGGUUCUGCGCGGCACCACGGGCCCUGUGCCAGCGCCGUCCCCACCACCCGUUAUGGCUACUGGGCCCAGAAAAAGCUCUCUUCAGCCCAGGGCUAAGGGUCGGAGGGAUGGUCUCUCCUCAGCCGGUGACAACCCUCGGCCGCCGAUGGCGACCCGGUCGGGAAGGGAGGGGGUCGGCAUGGGCUGGAAGGGUCCCCGGACGCUGGUCCUCCGCAAGAACUCCCAGGGUUUUGGGUUCACGUUGCGCCACUUCAUCGUUUACCCUCCAGAGUCCACCCUGCACACCAACCUCAAGGAUGAGGAGAAUGGAAAUGGAAAGGGGUAUCAGAAAGGUCGCCUGGAGCCGAUGGACACCAUAUUUGUGAAGAACGUGCGGGAGAAAGGUCCGGCCCACCAGGCGGGCUUAUGCACAGGGGAUCGGCUGGUGAAAGUGAACGGCGAGAGUGUUUUAGGGAAGACGUACUCGCAGGUGAUCGCCCUCAUUCAGAACAGUGAGAGCGUGCUGGAGCUCUCCAUCAUGCCAAAAGAUGAAGAUGUGCUUCAGUUGGUAAGUGCGUAUUCCCAGGAUGCCUACCUGACAGGCAACGAACCCUAUUCAGGGGGAGCUGAGCAUCUCCCACCCCCACCGCCCCUCUGUUACCCACGCACCAAGACCACCACCCCUGCUGGAGCCCCUCCACCUACGCCCAUGGGCCAGAACCAGCUGGAUAACUGGAGUCGCUGGCCAGGCUCUUCCAGCCCCUCUUCACCCCUGGAUAACCACUCGGCUUUGGGCAGCCCCGCCAGCUGGCAGGAGGGGCGGGCGGGAGAGCCUGGAGGUGUGGGUCACAGCAGCCCGGCCCACCGCACAGAGGAGAUCCAGUAUGGUAUGACCAGCAAGCAGCCUCAGGGCCAGACCAGGGGGCGCUCCUACUCUUCCUCUUCCUCGUCAGGAGGCCCCUUGUCCAGCCCGCUCCAAGUCCACUACCCCAACCACCACGCUGUCAGUCCCCCUCAGCCCCAGCCACGGAAGUCCAGCUCGGCCUGGAGCAGUCCUCCCCUGCCACAGCUCAGCCACGGUCAAAACGAGCGCUGCCAGCAGGCGCUGACUGACUGGUUCUACAGCCAGCGGCCUGAGCACUCAGGACGCUGCAUCCAGACGCGCCACCGCAGCUACUCUCAGGACCGACUCAGUGAAACAAGGAGGCAGCAGCAGCGGUCAGGUGGCUGGCCGCACAGCGCCUCCCAGGACACUCUGCUGUUAUUGCAGCAGCAGUCAGGACCAGGACCCCACGGAGAGCCGUGCUGGUCAUAUGGAGACUGGGAGGGGGGCCCGGGUAGGGGUCCCCCUGGCACUAACUAUACUCGAACUCGCUCGGAAAACCUUCUGGCCCAGUACGAUCGCCAUGGCCGCUCGUUAGAGAUGCUGGACCGAACAGCAGCUGGAGUAGUCUCACCUCGGUUCGAGAGGCCAUCAUGGCACCAACAGGCUCCAAAGCCGCCCCCCAGGACUGAUGCUUACCCAAGACAGGGGGGACAUUUUGUUGCAUCACAAGCUCCUCUGGUACCACGACACACACAGUCACAUUCUAAACACCACCCACAGCCACAUACCCAGGCCCACUUGCAGCCCCAGGCCCAACAAGCUGCCCCCCAGACCAGGCGGCUACCCACUGGGCAGAGCAUGGACGACCAGCCUGUGGGCUACCGCAGCUACAGCCCCUCUUUUUACCGCAAGACAGGCCGCAUCAUGCAGCAAGCCCACUCUUUCAGGGACCCCUCAUACUCUGGCCCUCACUUGAACUGGAACUCAACACCUAAAACCAGCCCCCCAGAGGUCACAGCGGCGCCCAUCACCUCCUCUACGGCCUCUCCCCUUGCCUCCGCCACUCCGGAAUCCCAGGAUAGAGCUUACAGGCCGACGAACCACGAGAGGGAACGAGGGUCGGUGGAGGGGGAGACGGAGGUGGUGCCACAGACCCAGGAAGUUGUGUUGAGGCAGAAACCUCCGACCGGGCGGAGGAACGCCCACGGCUUGCGUCAUCCCCACUACGCGCUGCCCAUGGACGGGCUGGAACCCUCUUUGUUUUCCACAGAUCCUCAGGACCCCGCUCCUGGUUCCUCAGGAGACGUGGCCCCGCGCAAACCAAACGGCAACCUCGCCCCGCUCUCCAUAGAGGAUGACUCUCUGGCCUCCAUCCCCUUCAUUGAUGAGCCAACCAGCCCCGGCGCUGACUUGCGCGCCCGCCACGUGCCGGCCUCCUCCGUGGUGUCCAGCGGCAUGAGUUCGGCGCCCGCCGUUGUCACCAGCCCCGCCUCCCCCACCUUCACCUUCCCCCUCACUAGGCUCUUCUCACAUGACUGCAGCAGUAUUAAAUCCAGUCGCCGUUCCUCCUAUCUUCUAGCCAUCACCACGGAGCGCUCCAAGUCAUGCGACGAAGGACUCAACACGUUCAGGGAGGAAGGCCGGGUCUUCUCGAGGCUACCAAAGAGAGUGAAGAGUUUCUUCACCGACGGGUCGCUGGACAACCUUGGGACAGCAGAGGAGGUUCGAUCUAAACGUCACUCCACCUCCGAGCUGGGAAACAUCACAUACAGCGACGUGCGGCGGGAAGGAUGGCUGCACUACAAACAAAUCCUCACCGAGAAGGGCAAGAAGGUGGGCAGCGGCAUGCGUCCGUGGAAGCGAGUCUUUUCGAUACUUCGCUCCCAUUCGCUGUUCCUCUACAAGGACAAGAGGGAGGCGGUGCUUCGCGGGGCCACGAUCGGUGGCUCGGCGGAGGACGACCAGCCUAUCAGCAUCCGGGGCUGCCUGGUGGACAUCGCAUACAGUGAGACCAAACGAAAACACGCCCUGCGACUGACCACGCAGGACUUCUGUGAGUACCUGCUGCAGGCGGAGGACCGGGAGGAAAUGCUGGACUGGAUAAAAGUCAUCAGGGAAAACAGCAAGACAGACAGCGAGGAACUUGGGUUUUCCAGACAGGCCCUCAUCAAUAAAAAACUGAAUGAUUACAGAAAACAAAGUCCGACAGGCAGCAAGCCAGACUCGUCUCCCAGGAUGGCCCGCAUGAAGCCUCCCUUCCUGCUCAACAAGACGGAGAACGCCGCCGCAGCGCCACGCUCCCCAAAGCAAGAUGGCAAAGAUGAGAGCAGCCCGCCAAAGUCUCCGUGGGGCAUCAACAUCAUGAAGAAAACAAAAAAGGCCGGGCCCAAAGCUUUCGGUGUGAGGCUGGAGGAUUGUCAGCCUGGUGUAAUUAACAAGUUCAUCCCAUUGAUUGUGGAGAUCUGCUGCGGCCUGGUGGAGGAGAUGGGUCUGGAAUACACCGGAAUCUACAGGGUCCCAGGGAAUAACGCCGUCGUGUCGAUGCUUCAGGAUCAGCUCAACAAGGGCGAUCAGAUCAACCCUGCAGAGGAGAAGUGGCAGGACCUGAACGUCGUCAGCAGUUUACUCAAAUCCUUCUUCAGGAAACUCCCGGAGCCGCUCUUCACCAACGACAAGUACAACGACUUUAUCGAUGCCAAUCGGAUGGACAAUGCAACUGACAGAUUAAAGACAAUGAAGAAACUGAUCCGAGACCUUCCUGAUUAUUAUUUCCACACUCUGAAGUUCCUGGUUGGCCACCUGAAGACGGUGGCAGACAGCGCAGAUAAAAACAAGAUGGAGCCUCGUAACCUGGCGCUGGUGUUCGGGCCGACGCUGGUUCGGACGUCUGAGGACAACAUGAAAGACAUGGUCACACACAUGCCGGACCGCUACAAGAUAGUCGAGACGCUCAUCCAGCAUUACAUCUGGUUUUUCACUGACGAACUAGACAAGGACGAAAAGACGCCUGUGGACACGGAGGACGUGCAGCCUGUCCCCAACAUCGACCACCUGCUGCCUAACAUCGGCAGGACCGCUCUGCUCGGGGAAGCCUCAGACUCAACCAACAGUGACUCAGCUAAAUCGAAGGGGUCGUGGGGGUCAAAGAAGGACCUCACAGCAAAGGAUUUCCUGACUCUGUCCAUCAUGUCAGCUGUAUCAGGCCGCAAGCGCAGGAAGCGGCAUAACGGCCGCCGCGUGGGCAGCACCGACGACGACGACUCAGAGCACGAGCCAAUCAAAGCCGGGGCAGAGGAGGGAGAGGAGGCGGCGUCUCCUGCAGGGGACACUGCUCCUCGGGCAGAGGCAGAGGAAGAUGACGAUGAUGAGGAAGAAGAAGAAGAAGAGGAAGAUGAGGAAGUUGUAGAAAGCGGAGUGAAAGAGGAGGUAGAACAAGAGGUGGUGGCGGUUAUUCCCAGUCGGCCGUGCUGCAAAGAGGAAGAGGAUGCAGGAGGAAGACAGGCAGUGAUACUGCUGCAGGAGGAAGAGGCCAGGGCAGAGGUUAAAGGGCCGGCAUGGCGAUCGCGGGAGGAUGCACGCUCCAUUGUUUCCGGUUACUCCACCCUCUCCACCUUAGGGCGCAGCCUGGGGUCAGAGGGGAGGGGGGACGAUGGUGAUGACGAGAACAGCGAGCUGGUGAGCGAGACGGACAACGAGAGCGGCUUUGCCUCGCGCUCCCUCACCCAGGAGAGACCCGACAAACACACAAACACACCCGUGAACACACAACCGCCAGCAGCCCAGCGCAGCUUCCUCUACACACACUACAAGCCCCCGGUUCUCUCACCCACAAACCUGCUCGCACCGCCCACACCGCUCACACAUACACCAGACUCUGCGGAGAGGAGUGAAGGAGGAGCGCGCUCCACCACGCCCUCGUCCUCCUCCUUCUCCUCCUCCUCCACCACUCACAGACUGCACUCGCGGCCUUCCUUUAACUCCCACAAGCUGAUCCAGUGUGACACUCUUGCCAGGAAGAAGAUGAAGUCGGAGAAGUCAAAUGCUCGCUCCCUGGACAUGAUGGAGCUGGCCGAGGCCUCCGCCCAGUGCGACGGGGCCGGCUCUGGGUCGGACGGUGCGCCCAGAUUGAGGAGGGAUACAUCCAGAACCAACCCCUCCUCAGGCAGCAGUCAAGAGAGCCUGCGCCCGGCCCGGCCCAAAACCGCUCUGCCGCCCUGCGAGGCCGCCUCCUUCACCCCGACCGGCCCUGGCGGCAGGUCUCUGGCUGAGCAGGUUCGCGCUCGCCUGCUGGGAUCCGCCGACGACCUGCGCAGCGUGGGACUGCGAAAACCGCUCUCACCUGAGACGCGGAGGAAGAGACGGGCCUGGCGCAGACACACCGUGGUGGCCUCCCCGACUGAGACGUCCGACAAGAGACCCACUAUGAUUUUCAAUGACUUCCCCCUUUCUCCAAUCAAUCAAAACCAGGUCAAAUCACCAGGGCUGCCUCGGGAUGCAGACGUUCUCGAUCAAGAACCUACUGCACGUCAAGUACCCACCUCUAGAUUCCACCAGUACCUGUGAGCCCCUAACCCCUAACCCCCCCCCCCCCCCCCCCCUGCAGGUCAUUAGACCCCAGCAGCAGCGUGAACAAGUGUUGUGGUUAGUUGCCAGGUGCAACACGGUGAACCAAUGAAACGGUCCGUCAGAGCAGCCCACCCUUCUCUUUUUUGAUAAGCUCCGUUUGCAUGGCGAGGGGCAUUCGGGUGUUGCCAAAGCUUUUGUUUUCUCUCUUUCCUAUAUGUGUGCUUUUAUAGAAAAUAAACAGGAACAGGGCAGAGACACAAACAGACCUCAUCACAAUCAAUGUCACAGCCAAGAAUUCUCAUGUGAGCAACCACCGAGCGUCUUUCCCGUCUUCUCCUCCUUCCAGCCUGGCUCACAGACGUAAACAUAGGGUUAAAACCCCUUCAAGGGACCAGAGGAGGGUUCGGAAACGCGACCUUCCUGUGUCUCUUGAGAAAAAUGGUGCUUCUUAUCAAGUGGAAUUACAAAAUUUCUCCCAAACAAACGUCUGUGAGCCAGAAGAAUUAAUAGUCAGGUUAAAACAAUUUCAAGAGGGAUGUCAAUUGAUCUUUUCAUAUCAGUCUUCCUUAUCUGUUACUCCCCAGACCACACACACUGUUAAUCUCCGAACAACACACACAUUAGGUCAGAGACACAAAGUACACUCCUCUCUCUCUCUCUCGCUCUCUCUACGUGUUUAUAAUGUUUUUGCGCAACAAUAUUCGUGAUGAUGUCCGAGCGUGCAGGUGUUUGUGUUGAACAAUUUUGUAACAUUUGUACAAAGCCUUGUUAAGUUAACCUUGUAAAUAUAAAUAUUAUGUUAUCAAAUUUGUUUUCACUUUUUUUAGUUCUUUUUUUAUGGUUUACAAAACAAAACGUGCGUACAAAGUGCACAGUCAUUUCUUUCAAGAUGUUACUUGAAAAUGUUUCCCUUAAUAUAUUAUUUUUUUGUUUUAUAUUCUCUAUAUAUAUAUUAUAUAUAUAUAUAUUUUGUAUUAAAGUGAAAAAAAGUACUUUUAUUGUGAUUUCACCUCUUGGGUGUACCUGUUCCAAGGAGACGAGAUAAACACGACUAACCCUGUUCCUUAUUUCUUCAUUGAUGGCCUUUCUCUCUGACUCUCAGCACUCUGCAGACAACUUUUAUCUUGAUUAAGUCUUAGAAAUAAGUUUAUCUGGGGACUUUAUACUCAGCAGUGUUGCAUCAACAUGUAGCAAGAUAAAAACAAUGUAAUCUGUUAAUUAUUACACCAUAUUGGACAGUUUGCAGGCAGCUCAGAGCCACACUGUGACAACUGACCUCAUUAUUUGUUUUUGAUAUUCGUGUCUGGGUUUACUGAGCGUUGCCUUCACUGAUCUGCUCAUAUAUACUGAGCUCGAGACAAAGUAUAUCCCCUCUUGUGAUAAAAGCCGGAGGGGAGGCCUGGCAGUGUUUAACAGACUGUUAAAAUAUUAUGUGGUGCGUAGAAACGGCUACAUUUUCACUGUGUUUUCAUCACAUCCCCUCUGAGGGUUCGUCCGUCUGCACUUUUAUUACAUUGAGGUUAGAUGACCGGGGACUUUUCCACAAGGUCAGGCUCUAAUAAAUCCUCCCUGACUGUGGAAGCGGUGCAUUCAAGGAAAUGAACACAGAACACCUGCUAACAAUCUUAUAGCUUUUAUCCCUCGUUUCACAGCCAACGUGCCAUCAGAAAACAACACAGGCAGGAGGCGCAGCUCCCAAAGUCACCAGAGUCUCGCUUAUUUUCAUCAGACCAAAAGACAAAACCCAGUGAGAACUAAAAUAAUAAUAAUGAUAAUAAUAAUAAUAAUGAUAAGUUAUAGUCUUGUCUUACCUCAAGAUAUUUUCGACAAGUGCCUGAUUUUUUCUGGAAUGUGUUUUCUUUCUGCAGUGCCAUGCUCAGUUCCUAUCUGUCCGUUUCCUUUUGUUGUGUCUGGGUCUCCUCCCUCCUCUCCUGUGGUUGACGGUUUCACUGAGGCACCGACCCAAAGAAUAUGUGCAUCAAAUACAGGCGGUCUUACUGAGAGGAAAUUAAAAAGGAAGAAGCACACUUCACGCCAAGGACAUGUCUAUGCACUCUCUUUGUCUUUAACACAGGCAUCACAUAGCUUUUACUGAUGCUGCUCAGAGGGAGGAGGUGUGGUUUUCUCUCAGCCGCUGUUUCCCUUACCAAACUGAGGCUCUCUCUUUGCCCAGUGAUCCACAGUGUGUGAAUAUGGUACACCUAACAAAAACUCCCUUAGGUCAGAACAGACAACAUCCCAUCGUCCUACAGACGAAACCAAUAGCCCACUUCAUCAACUCAGCUGGUGUGUGUUGUCUGAACUGUGAUCCCCAUCAUGUCUCUUUGUUGUGUUUUUAAAAUAUUUUGUACAUACUAUCUUCAUAUGUAACAUACUGUAUUGUGUACAUUUGGAAUUGCUUUUUGAAUAUAACUAAUAUGAAAAUGACUGGACUUUUUAAAAAAAAGGUUGUCCGCCUGAAACCAUUUCCCCUCAUGGCUGUGUGCUUUAAAGCAAGGUUAUAUGAUGUAAAUAAACAGAACUAUGUUUAAAAAAAAAAAAAGAUAA